CAUUGAAAACAACUUGAACUAGAACUCUCCCUGCCAAUAUCAAAACAAACAGAACCAAAACUCCCAGAUUCCAGCCACAUUUUCCAAUCAAAACAAAAUUAAAUUAUACAUAGCCCUCCAUUUUCGACCAUUAAACAAAAAAGGCGGCGCUAACCUCCAUAAAUCGCAGAGCAGAGCUUAGACAAAGAUUGAAAUCUAUAUUUCAUCAAGCAAUCAAUCAAUUGGCUUUGGGUUUUACUUUUUUUUUUUUUAGCUAACAAUCAAGAGAAGGAUCAUGCAAGCUGUGGUGCUUAACCCGAUUUAUUGUAGGGCCCAGCAAACCCCAGACUCUCCUUCCUCUUCUCAUCCCUUUAAGAGUUCGAGUUUAUUUGCUACUCAAGUCUCGCUUAAGCGGGAACGCAAUCAGCUGCGGCGUAUCCCAUGUCGUUCCCUGCGGAUUCGGUUGCCUGCGUUUAAUCGGAGGCUAGUCUUAAGGGCUGUUGCUACACCAGAAUCAGCAUUGGAAUUGCCACUAACUGCAGAGAAUGUGGAGAGUGUAUUGGAUGAGGUUCGACCAUAUCUCAUUGCUGAUGGGGGUAAUGUGGCUUUACAUGAGAUUGAUGGCAAUGUUGUGAGGUUGAAGCUACAAGGAGCAUGUGGCUCUUGUCCAAGUUCUGUUAUGACGAUGAAAAUGGGUAUUGAGCGUCGCUUAAUGGAAAAGAUUCCUGAAAUAGUUGCAGUAGAACCAGUAGCAGAUGAAGAAACCGGACUUGAGCUAAAUGAAGAAAAUAUCGAGAAGGUGCUUGAAGAAAUUAGGCCAUACCUUGUUGGGGCAGCUGGAGGAUCUCUUGAACUAGUAGCAAUCGAAGAGCCAAUAGUGAAAGUCCGAAUCACAGGUCCAGCGGCUGGUGUCAUGACUGUUCGAGUAGCUGUUACACAGAAAUUACGAGAGAAAAUUCCAGCCAUUGCUGCAGUUCAGCUUCUAUAAACGAAACAUGCUCGCAAACUUUUGACGCUAUGCCAUUCAGCGACGUCCUCAAAUAAAUAAACUGAGAGCAAGUAGACUCAUAAACCUGUAUAAAUAGUCAUAUACUGUGUGUACAGCUGAGUUAAUCUUAAUGCAAUUGUUGAAUGUUAUUUAAAAAUUCAAUUUGAGGAAAUUUGAAAGCGAAAACUCGAUUUAUUAUGUUUUA